CAACAGCUUCCACCAUGAACACUAAGGUCGUUAUCCUCCUGGGCCUGAUUGCCAUCGCUGCGGCUGACAGCAGGGAAUCCUAUGAGUAUCUGCCUCCAAGGGUUUCCUCUGAAGAAUCUGCUGAGUCCUACGAGUCCUCCGAAGCCAAGUACAGCUUCAACUGGGCCGUGAGCGAUGACUCCUCAAGCAACCAGUUCGGACACCAGGAGGCCCGUGACGGCGACGACACCCAGGGAUCCUACUACGUGCAGCUCCCCGACGGCCGCUUGCAGACCGUCAAGUAUUUCGUGGACGGCGACUCCGGCUACGUGGCUGAGGUCAACUACGAGGGCGAGGCUCGUUACCCUGACUCCUACGAGUCCUUUGAGUCUGUGUCCGCAGAGUCAGCCGAGUCCCGCGAAUACAGACCUCCCAGGCCUCAGUACGUCUAUGAAUCCAACGAGUCGAAGUAAAUCCUAACCAGAGCAUUUUUUUCUGAUACGAUUGUACGAUGUUCUCUAUUUAUCUUCUGUAUUUAUCAGUGUAAAGGAAAUAAAUUAAUAUUAU